AUGGCGUCGUUCUUCUCCAGCGUUCGCCAAGGCUUUGGCGGACGAUCCAACAAGAACAGCAAUAACCAGCAGCCGCCGCAAGCCAAGGGCAACGCGUCACCCACUAUGUCUUACCAGAACGCCCCCCAGCAGUACCCUCCGCAGCAGCUGCCUCAAUCACCCUCAAUGGCUUCCGCUACGCCCACCGAGACCACUCCCAUCGAGGCCGAUCGCUCGCAGUCGCCGUCGAACAGGAAGCCCCCGUACUUCUUCCGCGAGGAGUAUUCUAACCUGAUCGUCAAGGGUAACUUCAUGACUCUGGCCGCGCGGCCGAAGAUGGUUGAUGAGGGCGAGUGGCUCGCUCACCAAGUUGUUGAGCAAUACCGUCUUCUGGAUGGCAUGAUCCAGGUCAUCAAGACUCUUGAUGAGCGGACAGGUCGCCCAAUUUGCAACCCGGACACUUGCCCCACCAUGUCUGCCGCUGGCCACACCUACACCUGGUUGGACAACAACAAGAAGCCCAUCAAGAUUCCCGCCUACCAAUACAUCCAACUCGUUCAGAAGUGGAUUGUGGGAAAGAUUGGCGACCAGAACCUCUUCCCUGUUGACACCUCGAUUCCAUCUCAGCCUUCCAGCACAUCCGCCGCCACCUAUGCCUCAGGAGGCCUGAAUACCCCUGGUUCUAACUCUCCCAUUCCUGCCGGACCAACCUCGAUCAACGCUCCGCUCUCCCAACUUUCCGGUGACGAAUGGAUGGGUAAGCCUGCCGGCUUCCCCAAGCACUUCAAGGACGACAUCAAGUCCAUCUACCGCCAGAUGAUGCGCUGCUACGCUCACCUGUACCACGGCCACUGGCUCGACCCCUUCUGGAACCUCAACGCUUACAAGGAGCUCAACACAUGCUUCAUCCACUUCAUCAACGUCGGCCAGCAGUACGACCUGCUCAGCGACAAGGAGAUGGAGCCCAUGAUGCCGCUCAUUCAGCUGUGGCUGUCCAAGGGUCUCCUCCCGGAGAAGCAGGCUGAUGUGGCUCAAGCCACUUCUGGUAGCCAGCAACCGGCCGCGCAGCCCCAGGAAGGCCAACCCGCUGCCGCUUAA